AUUGGUGACGUUGUGCUGCCGAAAUGGGCUUCAUCGCCAGAAGAGUUCGUUCUUCUCCAUCGUCAAGCUCUCGAGAGUGACCUAGUGAGCUGUCAGCUCAACCAGUGGAUUGACCUCAUCUUCGGUUACAAGCAGAAGGGUCCUGAAGCGGUUCGCGCUACGAAUGUGUUCUACUACCUCACAUAUGAAGGUGCUGUCUGCUUGAAGUCUAUAGAGAAUGCCACUCAGUUGGAGGCCAUUCAGCAACAAAUCACCUCCUUCGGUCAGACGCCGGUCCAGCUUUUAGCCGAAGCACAUCCUCCACGGCAUUCCGUCAUGACUAUGGCUCCACUGAUGUUCCGUCGAUGUGAGGACGAUCUGUGCAUGCUGAUGAAGUUUAUCUCCAACAGUCCUGUUGUCUUUCUGGCUGCGAAUACGUUCCAGCAACUACCGCAACCCACAGUGGUGUCGAUCGCGCAAAACCUGGUUUUCGCUCUAAAUCGAUGGGACAACUCAUACACAUAUGGUGCAGUUACGAGAGGCGCGCUUUGCAUGAGUGGUGACAAAGCUGGCGAGAUUGACAACGCAACGACUGAGCUGCCACUGACGGUCGAUCCGUUGCUCGCUUCGGGAAAUCCGUCCAUUCCUGUGGCACGUCGUCACUUGGGGGAUUCCUUGGAUCAUCGGUUGACAGUCCGAUGGAAUAACUUUGUCGCAACGACCGAUAGCAGAUGUUUGAUAGCUUGUGGUUAUCCGGACUACAGUUUUCGAGUGAUUGACACAGAUGCUGGUGAGCGAAUUCAUAGCGUUCAGGUUGUUUCGAGGCGGGUACAUUGUUGUUUAGCCCGAGUGCGACAAGUGAUCUAUGGUCAUGGUGAUGUUGUGACAUGCAUUGCGCGCUCUGAGACGAGUCUUUUUGCUGAUUGCUACGUGGUGACCGGAAGUAACGACUGCACAGUAGCCUUGUGGCAUUGGAACGGACAGCAAGGUUUCGUUGCCGGUGAGUACAACACGCCAGGAGAAACCGCAGCACCUCGAGCGAUUCUUACUGGUCAUGAGGCGGCUAUCUCUGCCCUGGCUGUUUCUGCCGAACACGGACUCGUUCUUAGUGGUUGCGAAGAUGGCACCAUUCUAAUGCACACGACGGCCGGAGAGCUCCUUCGACGGUGGGGCAGUAGGCAACGCGUGUCGCAGUUGUUGAUGAGUCGCGAGUGUGUUGUGAUGGCGAUUUACGGUCAUCACAGCUUCGUCACGCUAACUACUACGGCAAACCAGCUCGACGAAGCCGUAGCUGAUGACAAGGUAGAGUGUGCUUGUCUGACGAGAGAUGGAGAAUACGUGAUCACAGGAUCGGAAAACGGUCGCUUGUACGGUGUGGCGGCUGUUGCCGUUGCAAAAACUGUAUGCCUUCCA